UAUGAAGGGAGAAAUUGAACCAAAAAUAGAUUAAUAUAGGUAUAUUGGCUGGCGGGUUCUGAGACCGAAUUUAUUUUCCGAACUUCCCUCUAGACUGUAUCACCCAGAAAUUCUCAACCAUGUGGAUAAAACUGUACAUGCAUAGAUCUGAAGUAAAGACGUACAUUGUUUCGACAAAAAGUUUGUAUUAAAGCCCUGAGUACAGUAUCUAACAAGUAGUUACGAUCGUUAUUGUCUAUCACCGUCAACUGAAUUCACAGUCAACACUCUCAAUAAACUGACACAGUUACACACAUUAUUCCGUAAUAAGAUUUUUCAUUCUAUAAUUAACUAUUUUCACGUCGAAAUUUUUGAAGAUAUCAAACAUUGACGAGAAAGUCAAUCGAGUCGAUUACUGUUGAUUGAAUUUCGAAUAAGGCGCGUUCACGCUCAAUAUCUGCCAUGUUCAAAUCAGCUGACUGCAGCUCAAUUGGAACGAUUGGAACUCUGUCAGUUGGAGCCAGUUGGAGCAUAUUCUUGGAGUAAUUAGUAGUGUUUAUAACCUACAACAUUUGGAAAAAUUUUCAUAUGCAAAAUCAUACAUCAUAACGUGAAUGAGUACCUUUCCGAAUAAAAAAAAAAAACGUGAAUGAGAUCCAUUUGAAUAACAACAUGGAGAGUGAAAGUGAUGUGAGAAUAUGUAAAAUAUGCCAUACUCAGCCACAGAAAUAUUUGUGUCCGAAAUGCGGCAUUGGGUACUGUUCUGUUGCUUGUUACAAAGCAGAAGUUCAUUUGGAAUGCUCGGAGAGUUUUUAUAAAAAAUGUGUGGAAGAAGAAUUAAAACUGGAUGAACAAGACCCCGAGACUAAAACAAGGAUGCUUGAAGUUUUGCAAAGAAUGCAUGAAGAACAUGCAGGUGACUUGGAAGAAAUAGAAGAUUUAGCACAGCAUGGAUUAGACUCAGAUGAUGAUGAAGAAGCACCUGACUUAUCGCAACGCUUACGGAACAUAAACUUGGAUGAUGCUGAUUCUGUCUGGGCCGCACUGACUGAUGCCGAGAGGCAAGAGUUUGAAACAUUGUUGCAGAAUGGAGAAGCAGAAAAGCUGUUACCUCAAUGGAAUCCCUGGUGGUCUCACCACGCAAAACCAAAACUAGUCGAAGACUUAAGUCCAACCAGCUCACCACUUGACUAUCGAACAAACUGUCCUAAAUUAAAGGAAAUCAAACCUUAUGACCAAAUAUCGAAAGUUCCACCAGCGAAGUGUGUGAGAAAUAAUGUAUUGAAUGUUCUGCAUGCCUAUACAUUUACUGUAUUGUAUUUCAACGGCAAUCAUCACGAUUUUGCUGAAGAAGCAAUAUUCAUAUUGUUACAAUUGUGUAAUAACCUCAGAGAGAACGAGAUAUUCAAUGAACCAGAGUUGGCUAUUGAAUCUGUUUCACAACGUGCUAUCAAUUGUCAGUCGCUGAUUGCUGACCCGGAAAAUUUAUCAGCCGCAAAAAGUGCCUGUCUUUCCAUCCUACAAGGACCUGAAAAUUCCAACAAAUGCUUCUACGUCAAAGCAGCCUUUUCAGAUAUCCAUCAACUUUUUAUGGAAGCUAAAACAUUGAGCAAACGGAAAAAGCCAUCAAAUAAUAUGGAUAAGGAAUUUACAAAACGAUUUCCAGACCACGGCAAACUUCUUACAGCAAUACCCAGAGAAAAAUUAAGACUUCACUUAAAAAAAUUAGAGUACUAUUUAUCUUGGAUCAACAGUUAUGGUGAAGAUCUGUAUUUUGACUUUUAAGAUGACAAUAAAAAUAUUUGGCUUGCCCAUCUAAAUUCAA